UUUCAGCAAUGCGAUACCAACUGAAUGCAGUUUAUGAUUAUUUACCAGUGUAACGGAAAGAGGGGGUGGAGCUUACUUCAAGAGCGACACGCAAUUGGUCGAGUGGGAUAAAGACUGCACAAUGAUGGAAUCACCUCUCUCGCACAAACUGUCCCCGCCACGAGCCCACACGAGCCCAGGACCCACCCCAGGGACAAUCAGCCUCACCCACGGGAUGAUAGCUACAGUCAACCAACACAACAGCCUCCUGAGCAAACUUCACAAACCAACGACAUACAGUUCUCCCCCACCUGUGGCCUGCAACCCUGACAAUAAUGUCUGCAAAGUCAUCACUUACCGUGGGGAAAAGGUGGCCGCUUUCACUGUGAAUGGUGUGGAACUUAUCUGCCUCCCCCAGGCAUUUGAACUUUUCUUGAAACAUUUGGUGGGGGGACUGCAUACUGUGUACACUAAGCUAAAGAGACUGGACAUCACCCCUGUGGUUUGUAACGUGGAACAGGUCCGCAUUCUCCGGGGCCUGGGGGCCAUACAACCCGGAGUCAACAGAUGCAAGCUUAUCUCAUGCAAAGAGUUCGACAUUUUGUACGACGACUGCACCAAUUCAAGUGCUCGUCCUGGGAGACCUCCAAAGAGGAGCCCAUCUAUCCAUGCCAGUCCUGAGACACUGGAAAAGCUGAAGAAAUGUCGUGUAGAUGGAGAUUACCCUUUCGACCCUCGACUUUAUGACAGGAAAGCCUUCUUAAAUGGAUUUGCCCAUCAUCCCUAUGCUAUGGGCCCACUUGCUCCUUUUAUGCCACUUAACCCUGUAAACAUAAUGAGCCCACCAGUUUCCAUGGCAAUGGCCACCCACCUUGGACUGCGACAUGAAGGUUCCAUAAUAAAAGACAGGUCAAGCUCAGAUUCUGACCUCAUAUCACCAAGGUGUCGGGAUGACAGAAUGGACAAUUCCGUAAAAGGUCACAUGACAUCGCCACAUUAUGACUCAGACAGACUUCGAAGUUUGGAUUAUGACAAUAACAAACCUUUGAAUUUACAAGUGAAUGGCCAUGCUAAAGAUCUCUCUACUAAAUACCAUGGGAAAAGCGAAGAUGAAGAUGAUGACAGGCUCUCUGAUGAUCAUAAUGAUGACCUGGAAGACAGCUUGGCAGGCAGCGACUCCCUAAACACAAGUGACCUGGAGGAUAAAGUGACCCCGGUAUCCUCAUUCCAGACACAGAUUCAGAAUGGAGAAAUUCCCAACAUCUCCUCCAUAGAAACCCUUUUACUGAACAUCCAAGGACUCCUGAAAGUCGCUGCAGAAAAUGCCCGUCAUCAUGAGAGGCAACUCAGCAUUGAAAAGACUGAGCUUAAAAUGGAAUUACUCAGGGAGAAAGAGGUGAGGGAAGGAUUAGAGAAGCAGCUCGUGGAGGAACAAAAAAGCAGAGCCAUGUUAUUACGACGAAUCAAGAAGGAGAAGCGAGCUCGUCGCAAACUUCAAGAGCAGAUGGGUGGCAACCAGACUGAAGAAAACAAGAACAGUCUUAAUGACACUGCCAGCGUCACCAGCCAAGACUCCGACAAAAAUGUACCAGACACGCCAAAUGAAAAGGAAACAGAAAAAGAGAAUAAUUCUGAAUCAGAAAGAAGAUCCUCAGAUGUUUCCCAGGACAGACCAAGCCACCUUUUUGAAAGUUUCAUUAAUCAUAACAACAACAGCACGAGAUUUCCUUACAUGACCCCCCUGAAAGGAGAAGUCCAGUAAAUGACUAACCAGAUGAAUGUUAGACAGUAACACAGUACUCCACCUAGUGUAGGACCUGUGUAGAUAUACCUGUUUUCAUUAUCCCUAGACAGAAAAGGUUCAUGAAUACUCGUCUCCAUGCAAAGGACAAUUUGUUUGCUUCAACUACCCAGCUAUCAGAACAACAGCAGAGUUUUGGCUUGUAUUUGUGUUUAGAGAACCUUAGUGCUGUUCUGUUGAAUUUUCAGAGCUCCUCCAUAAAGCAUAUGAGACAGUAAAACCUUAGAAUAGUUGAUGGAUAUUUUUACUGUUGUACAUAUGUAUUUUCACAAAGUAAUGAUAGUUAUAUGAACAUUGAAUUUACUUGUGCAUUUUACUUCCUGAUACAUGUACGUGUAUGUAUAAAGGCCUGUUAAUUCAGUUCUUCAUGUAGAAAUGGUCUAAUUUAGAAUUUCUUUUCUGGAAGGAAUAUUGUUUGAUUUCAGUACUGGGUUGAAAAGUAAUGGUGCUCUACUUGCUUUAGAUUCAUAGGGGUAUGAACUCCGAAACAAAAUUUUUUUUGAAAGGUCUUGGCUGUAGUUAUAAAGAUGAAAAGUACUAUUAGUUUUGUUAUAGCUUGAUCAAUCAUUUCCUGAAAGUUUCAUUGUUGUCAUAAGUGAGAAGACAGUGCAAUAUGUGUCAUAAAUAUAUAGUUUGUGUUAGGUGCUACAACCCUUGUUGGUAUCAUGUAUAGAGCAGUCCACAAUCAACUUGGGGAAAAGUCCCAUUGUGUUGGAUUAAAUUGUAAUAUAGUCAUGUAUAUCUUAAUAUGAUGACAUUCCUCAUUUUGUCACGUGAAAAAAAAUAAUAAAAGGAAGUAACCUAA